AUGAAUCGCCAACCACUCCCCAGCGCCCCCAGGAGGACGAAUGAUGAAGUCGAGGACUACACAAUUGAAGAGAGAAAGACUCUUGAUAGCAUUGAAAAAAAGUAUACCAUAAAAUUUCCUCUGAAGGCGACUUACACCUCAUUAACGGGGCCUGAAUCCUUUCGUGAGCUGGUCCAGAACUGGAGAGACGCAAUUACUGUCUCGUACAAGACCGAGAUGGACAUCGUCGAAGAACGCAACAAUACUGAAAUCAUCUUCAAGGCGUAUGGACGCAGCACAGGGUCUGAAUGCCUCGGUUGCAUCUUAUUCAGGGGCCACAACGGAAGAGGCACCGUCGAGCUCACCAACCGCAAUUCUAGGCUGGAGCCCUAUCACCUCGACCUAGGUGGCACCACCAAAGCCGCCAACCAGGACCUUGCGGGCUUCCACGGCGAGGGCCUCAAGCUCGCCUUGCUGGUCCAGCAGCGAGAAGAGCAUAACCAUUCCGUCCGCUGCACUACCGGUGGCUUUGGCUGGUGCUUUGGGUAUACCACCCAGGCUAACCUCGCCACACACCUGACUCGUCUCAGUGAGGGAAAUGCGCGGAGAAAGGACAAACACCCGCAAGGUACUCUUGCUCCCUUUUACCCAAAUUAUAAGACUGAUGUCAGGUUCGUUAUCGGCGAGAUCAAGAAAGCCAAGAACGAGCGAGGCGAGACCGUCAGAUGGAGCCCCGUGAAGCGUGAAGAAUUCGAGUCCUGGUGCACCACCGUCCUCGCUUUUCAGGAACUCGACAAGAACAGCGUCCUGAAGACAAAAUAUGGCGAGAUUAUCAUGGAUCCCAAGCACAGAGGUAGCCUCUACCUCAAGGGUCUGCUCAUGCGCAGAUCUACGCGCUCUUGCUCGGCCAGCAUGACGGGCAAACCCCUCAAGUACGGCUACAAUUUCCAGAAUGGCACUACAAACCGAGAUAGAAGAACUCUGGGCUCAGCCGAGGAGGAGGGCCGUGCUAUCCUCGCAAUCUGGCAAGCGGCGCUGGUUGAACGGCCUGGCCUCGUGGGCGAACUCUCUGACAUCCUCAACUCUUCAGAUCCCCAGUGGGCAGAGGUUUCCAUGCUCCGUGUCGGCUUGCUACCUGAUACCGCCGACAAGCUCGCCCAACACCUCCUUUCGGAUACUUCCAAGUGGUAUUACUCUCCUAGGGAGAGAGAAGAGAAUCCUGGGCUCGACACGAUCAUCGCGAGCCUCGGCCGCCAGGGGUUCGCACUCGCAGUCGAGUACUGGGAUACUUUGGCGUCGUAUGGCCUUGUCCGUACCGCGAAGAGUGGGCAGCGAGGCCACUUCCGGUCUGCCACCACCGUCACCAUUCCGAGAGAUCAAUUCGCCCGGCAAAUGGAGAGGAUGCUCCGAGCAUGCCUAAGAGCAUGCCCCCAGACCAGCUCUUCAAAGCUCGAGUUUGUACAGGCCGGUUGUCUCUCAUUGAGGGCAUUCUUCCAAGAGAAGGACGGCGGGCUGGUCAGAGUCCAUGAGAGAUGGCUCCAUCGAGCCACCGUCAUGGGCGGGUUCGCCUUCCUAGAAGAUGUGUCCGAGGUUUACACUUCCUUGCAUGCUUACAAGGACUCUACUAUAGUCGUCACAUGGGAGGUCUUGAAGAGUUCCAUGGGCGAUCCUUCGUUCGAGGUUGCUCUUCAUGAUGCUUCGACCUGCUUAAGCCUCAAGGACAAAUUGCUUGCCAAAGACGUUGACGAGAGUGAUUCUGUCUGCCCCUCUCAAGUGCACAGCUCUCAGCGAAGAGCCACACAGACUACACAAACAGAAGCCUGCUGCAGAGUAGUAAGUGUCAUGGGAAAAUCUCGCGCCGGCGAGUCGAUGAAGUAUGCGGCAAAAUUCUGCAAUGUAAAGAAAGGAACACGAUACUUUGCCAUCGUCUACCGGCCUGACAAGCCCUCGUCCCUUGUCGUUGCGUCAAACAUGGGCGGUCUUCCCGGCAACACUCAUGGGGCUUCAAGAGUUCCAUCGGAUACGAGAGCUGAACCUCAACAAAUACCCUCAUACCCCUUUACAGGAGGCCAAGCCUUCCCCCAAACACCAUCACCCUUUCCAACCGGCCAAGGCAUCCCCCAUACGCGGCCGAUCCAGGGCCAAGGCAUGCCCGUACCAACAUUCGCAGGCGGCUUUUAUCCUCAAUGGCCCAGUCCCCAGGUGGUCAACCAGCUCCCAGUCAAGGCCCUGCGUCAAGUCAACUACCAUCAUCCCGCUCAAACUGUCCCUGGAUACCUCAGGGGCAAUGAAGGCAUGGGCCAGCCUUUUCAAAAGCGUAACCGCACUGGCUGA